AAAGGGACCAGAUUUAAAGUGGGGAUGAUAGAUCAACGGUGGAGGGAGGGAGAGAGAUUCAUCGUCCUGAUUAUAUAUAAGUAAAAGCAGAGAAAAGGGCCGACGGCAAAAGAAAAAAAAAGCUCAAAACCCUAAAAUUGAAAGUCCAAUUCGAUUAGCUCUUUAGCGAUUUGGUGUUUCAGAGCCCAUUACACGCGUUUCAGAGUCUUCCUUUGUGUGUGUGUGUGAUUAUGGAGGACGACACUAAUCCUUCAGACUUAGUUGAUGUCGAAGUUGCUGUUGUUGAGAUGGAUUUUGAUACACAAACCAAUACGCGUAGGAAAAAGAAGUCUGAUGUGUGGAAUCACUUUGUCACGGAAGUUGUUAGUCCUGACACUAAAAAAGCUCGUUGCAUGCACUGCAACAAAUCCUUUGCCUUCAUGACUGCCACUAAGGCUUCAGGAACUAGCCACCUUAAGCGUCACAUUGAAUUGGGUAUUUGUCCAAAGAGGGACGAGUUCAAGAACCUCACGCCAGUCAAGGAGGAAACCAGAGAGGUCUUGCAAACCACUUCCUACCUUCCUAAGAAACGUCGACUAUCUUCUCCUCAUGUUCAGCCUCCUCUAGAUCAAGAUCGCUGCAACCAUGAGAUGGCCAAGAUGAUCAUUAUGCAUGAUUACCCUCUUCAUAUGGUCGAGCAUCCUGGUUUUCUUGGUUUCCUCCAGGCUCUUCGUCCCCAGUUCAGUGUGCCAAACUUCACCACCAUUCAUCAUGAUUGUGUCUCCAUGUUUUUGUCCCAAAAGCAGAAAAUUUUGGACCUUAUUGGAGAGAUUCCUGGGGGAAUUAAUCUUACAAUAGACUUGUGUUCAUCAAAGCAAUCAGUAGGUUAUGCUUUUCUGACUGGACACUUCAUUGAUAAAGACUGGAAUUUGACUCACCGCCUUCUAAAUGUUGCUGUUGUGGCUUCUCCAGAUUCAGAUUUUGCUUUAAACCAACCUGUCGCAGCUUGCUUAUCAGACUGGAAGUUGGAAGGGAAGAUUUCGAGCAUCGCUGUGAGCCAAUCAGUAGUGAAUAAAACCUCCAUUGAUAAUCUCAGAGGUUAUUUGUCUGUCAGGAAUCAGCAUGCGUUGAAUGGUCAGUUGUUGAUGGGAAGAUGUUAUGCUCGCCUCCUAAGCAGUAUGGCGCAAGAUGUACUUGCAGCUGAACAGUUCCAAGAACCUAUAAAGAAAGUCAGAGAUAGCAUCAAGUAUGUUAAAACCAACGAGGUUUGCAGAGACAUAUUCGAUGACCUGAAGAAACAGUUUCCAACCCCUUCAACUUACAAAGAUCUUCUCAUUGACAGCCAAACGAGAUGGGACACAAGUUACAACAUGUUGUUGGCUGCCUGUGAACACAGACAAGUGUUUUCUAGUUUGGAAACUUGCCAUCCUGAGUACAAAAUAAGUUUAUCUCCUGAAGAAUGGAGAAAGAUUGAGAGUCUCUGCUCAUGCUUGAAGGCUCUUUUCGAAGCAGGUAAUGUCUUGGCAAGGCCAAACCAGUUGACAGCAAACGAUUUCUACCAUGAGAUGACAAAGCUUCAGCUAGAGCUGAGCCACACUGCCAUGUGUGAAGACCCGGAUGUCAGAAGCCUAGCAAACACGAUGAGGGAAAAAUUCGACCAAUACUGGAGAGGAUGCUUCCUGGUUUUGGCAGUUGCGGUGGUCUUGGAUCCCCGGUUCAAAAUGCACCUCAUCGAGUUCACCUUCAAUAAGACGUAUGGUGCAGAUGCAAAAAAAUGGACCAAGACUGUUGAUGAUGCAGUCCAUGAUCUGUACCUUAAUUACAGUGAACAAAACCUGUUGGAUGCUUAUGUGGAUCAUGGCUUUUCGGAAAUAGAAGUGACUCAGGAAUCUCACUUGCAUCAAGACAUGGCUGAAGAUACCAAUACAGGGAAUGGGCAAUCAGGUGGUGAGAAAAGUCCACCACAACUAGAGAAAGCCACAGAGUCACAUCAAAAAGAGGGACAUCUUAAGGUAGAUAAGAAAAAUGUGGGAGGGGUUUGGGAGGGAGAGAGUGAAAAGAGUCAGCUAAAAGAAGAGGAUCAGCAACACUGUGAUGAUUCUCAAGCACAUGCAAUGGCAGAUGAAGACAAGACGACAUUUCCGGUUGACGUGCUUCUAGUGGAAGGGAAUGGGCAAUCAGCUGGUGAGACAAGUCCUCAACUAGAGAAAGCCACAGAGUCACAUCAAAACGAGGGACAGCUUAAGGUAGAUAAGAAAAAUGUGGGAGGGGUUUGGGAGGGAGAGAGUGAAGAGAGUCAGCUAAAAGAAGAGGAUCAGCAACACUGUGAUGAUUCUCAAGCACAUGCAAUGGCUGAUGAAGACAAGACGACACUUCCGGUUGACGUGCUUCUGGGGGAAGGGAAUGGGCAAUCAGGUGAUGAGACAAGUCCUCAAUUAGAGAAAACCACAGAGUCACAUCAACACGAGGGACAUCUUAAGGUAGAUAAGCAAAAUGUGGUAGGGAUUUGGGAGGGAGUGAGUGAAGAAAGUCAGCCAACAGAAGAGGAUCAGCAACAUUGUGAUGAUUCUCAAGCACAUGCAAUGGCAGAGGAAGACAACACAACAUUUCCGGUUGACGUGCUUCUGGAGGAAGGGUCUACCCUCAUCACAAUAGGAGAAUCACUAUCAGACUUCGAGAUGUACAUGUCAGAGAUGAAAACGGAGCUGGAUCAAUACCUGGAAGAAACUUUGACUCCGAGGUCAGAAGACUUUAACGUUCUGAGCUGGUGGAGGCUCAACAGCACCAACUACCCUACCCUCUCAAAGAUGGCUGUUGAUCUUCUCUCAGUCCCCUUCACCACCGUCUCACCUGAUUCCGUAUUCGAAGCAGAGGUGAAGCAGAUGGACAGUUACAUGACCUCUCUUUCUCGUGUAACCUUGGAGGCUAUCUUGUGCACCAAGGACUGGUUGAAAACUGGAACUUUAUGAAAUUGAAAAUGCUUUUGUUUCGUUUGGUUCUUAUUGUUUUGGUUCUUUCUUGCUUUAUGUAACCAGCAAUUGAUCAGUUUUGAAUUAAAAAAAAAAAAGAAAAACAAAGUUUCACAUUA